UGUGAAUGUAAACGGGGAUGUUUACCACGCUUUCUUGGGGGUGCGGUUCGCAAGGGCGGAGAGAUUCUCUAAACCGGUGCAGGAGCCGAAACUCGCUGGGCUGUACAGCGCUACGUACUCGAGAGAAGGCUGUAUUCAGACAGUGGUUUUUGAAGAUGGACGUGUGGAUGGACAGGAAGACUGUAUUCCUAGAUAUUUACGCUCCCACAAAUCACUCUUCUAAAAACCCAAAACCCGUCAUGGUCUGGAUUCACGGCGGUGGGUUCGUUACGGGAAAGGCGCAGCAGUUCGACAGUUCCAGUCUAGCAAUCCAAGGCGACGUAAUCAUGGUGGUCAUACAAUAUCGCCUCGGACCAUUUGGCUUUCUCAGCACUUCGGAUGACGUCAUUCCGGGAAACUAUGGUCUUUGGGAUCAACUGACAGUCCUUCGCUGGAUCAAGGAUAACAUUUUAUAUUUUGGAGGGGAUCCAGAGAAAGUUACAAUAUUUGGGGAGUCUGCCGGGGCGUGCAGUGUUAAUAUGCAUCUAAUGUCUGCAAAACCCAAAGGUCUGUUUAAGAGAGCAGUCGCACAGAGUUUAUAUUACUGUAUUAAAAAGAAUCCAAUUCCUGUAACCUACGAACUUGCCAAACUGGUCGACUGCUUCCCAACGAAUCAUAUGACUGUUUCCAAGAGGAACCUUCACAAUAAUAUUAAAAAGUGUUUACAGGAUAUAGACGCAAAAGUUCUAUAUAAGGCUUCUUGGCCUCUCCGUGAUAAUGUUAAGGUUGGAGUUCUUGAUUUCCUGUAUACACCAACAAUUGACGGAGACUUCAUUCCACGAGAUCUUUAUGACCUACUUGUUGACCGAGAUUACUUACAGACAACCAGUUUCCCAGACGUAGACCUCAUGAUGUCAGUAAACAACGUGGAAGGUGGAGCUUUCUACUAUAUCGCCAUGGAGAAUGACAAGAAAUUCAAUACUUCAGAAACACAAGAUUUUACAAUGCUGAAGACGUUUCAGUCUGGACUUAUAACACCAUAUGUAAAGAAUCGAUAUGGUGUCCAAAGUAAGGAACUAUUGAACACAUUAACUUUUGAAUAUAUUUUCCCGCUGGACUUCACAACAAACGUUAUUAACAAGGAUUACGCGGUUAAGUUUAUAAAUGACAUGUUUGUAAGGUCUGCAUCGGAUCUGGCUAGGUCCCAUUCGGAGGUCCAAGGGUCAGGGAAGACGUACCUCUGUCUGUUCAAUCACGAUCAAAAGCUAGCUCGGAUUUCUUUUAAAGGCAUGAUACACGGUUUUGACCUGGUCUACACAUUCGGCUUUACCAAGCUGCAGGUGAAAGCUUUCACUGGAUCUGCUGAUACCACCAUCUCACCAUCGGAAAGGGGAAUAUCGAAUGUUCUCAUCACGUUUUUAACGGAUUUUGCCAAAACAGGAAACCCCAGUGCCAGUCUUUCAGACAAAAUUCCAAAUGGCUGGCCAGAGUUCAACGACACUUCUGAAUCGUACUUCGCUCUGAACACCAACAUGUCGGUCAAAGAUCAUAUGUACCCACGCAUGACGUCACUCUGGAGGAAUCUAGUCCCUCGACUAGUCAGCUCUGCACGAAACCGGUCUAAACCAGAUACUGGUGGCUGCCAAACAAGUGGAGGAAGAAGUCUUACGUCGUAUUCCAGACUGUGCCUAUUUGUUCUGAUUUCAUCAAUAAUUACUAGUAUAUAGACAGAAAUCAGAAGACGACAGAACAUUUAGCUGAAAGAUGUUCUUCCAUUCCAUGAGCAGUACCAUACCGUAUCAUUACUGUUAGCAUCACUUUCCAAUAAGUUUAUAAAAAUAACAAUGUUAUGGGGGGUUUUUGGUCAAAAAUAGAAGCCACAUUGACGAAAGUGCUGUUACAGCUGACGAAUUAUAUUCAGUAUAUAUUAAAAUUAUAAACGGAUUAUAUAUAUGUUCUUCGAAGUUAAUAGUGUACAUAUACAAAGUCGAAAAGCUGUAAAGGGUAUUUACUUUCAAGAUAAAUUCAGAUAUAAUAAAAUUA